UCGAGUGCGGGAGAUUCAAGACGCGCGCAAAGCUGCGGACUGUCGAAUCGGAAGUGGAGCGAACGGAAAAGCAAAUAAGGCGGCGCGUGUCGAGUGUUAAUAACACAGACGUUGUUUUCGAAUACAAACGUUGUUUCUGAAAAUACAGAAAUUUAUUUCGCCAGUGGACCGGAGGGGCGAUCGGGGUCACCCACCUCUUUUGCAUGCCCAACAUCUGCACCACGGAUGCGAAAAUAAAAAACUGGUGCGAUUUGGGCAACAGGUGGCGACGGCGGCAAAUGGAUCGUGUCGAUGGGCGGGAUUUGGCGAAAUUGUGUGGAUAGACUGACAUAGGCCCAUUAUUAUUAUAUGGCCAAAAAGGGGUCAGACAUUUGUGUUGUGCGCGUGAGGAAAUUGAAUUGACUUUGGCCACCGCCGGUACGUUUCCGAAUCCGAAUCCGAAUCCGUAUCCGAAUCGGUAUCCGAAAUCAAAAUCGAAAUCUGUGUCGCAAAUGUGGCACUAAUAAAUUAUCGCACAUUCGCGGACCGCACUCGCGAGUGCUUCAUUAAUGCAGAAAUUGAAUCGCAAUUGAAGGAGAAUAUCUAGUUUUGCAGCGGCUGCGUUUGUUUCAUUUUGCCAGGAACGUGACCAAAUUGCCAAGUGUCGCGUGGAUCAGCCAAAAAAUCCUCUUACUUGCAGAACACUGAACGGAAAGAAAGCUUGCUAAGACGCAAGCAAACGUAAUUAACCACUCCCACAACAAGACAACAAGGUGGAUAGUGUAAAAGGGGGCAAUGCAAACUCAACAAAAAUGUUGCAUCUCCUUGAAGGAUCAACAUCUGCUGCCAGGGACACUGUCACACAAAGGGGAAGCCUGCUCAUCAGUUUGGCAAACCAAUUCCGUUUGAAUUAAGCGCCACCAAAAAGGAGCAGCGCAAUCUUAAGCGAUUUCCGUGCCGUCCCCGCGUAAUGUUUGCGCAUCCCUGUCCUGCUCCAGCUGGAAUCAACCACUCGGGACUGCUCCUCCUCCUCCGCCUCCUGCUCAUCCUCCUCGCACUGACCCACUUCCGGCCCUCGCAUGGAGAGGUCUUCACGCUGGGCUACCUCACGGCCUCGCAACGGAGUCCGGGAAACCUGGACUACAACCGACCCGGACUCACCAUCUCCGGUGCCAUUUCGCUGGCCGUGGAGGAGGUGAAUGCGGGACGACUGCGGGACCGUGGCCACUCGCUGGAGUUCGUCGUGGCCGAGACGUACGGUGAGGAGGUGGUCAGCAUCCGACAGACGGCGGCUCUGUGGACGCAGCAAGUGGCCGCCUACAUUGGCCCCCAGGAAACCUGCGUGCACGAAGGUCGCAUGGCGGCCGCCUUCAACCUGCCCAUGAUAUCCUAUUACUGCACCCAUCGGGAUCCUUCGAACAAGGCUGAUUUCCCCACUUUUGCCAGGACGCGACCGCCAGAUACACAGAUCUCCAAGUCCGUGGUGGCAUUACUGCUCUCCUUCAACUGGACGCAGGUGAGCAUUCUGUACCUGGACGACCUGAGCGGGCAGUACCAGCCCGUGGCGGAGACCAUCCUCAGCACGCUGAGUGAGGCCGGAGUGAGCAUUCGGGACAUUCGCACCUGGAACACCAUCUACCACCACGGAUUCAUGGACAAUCCCUUCGAGGCGCUGGUGGAGCAGACCUAUGCCAAUACGAGGAUUUACCUCAUCCUGAGUCACUACUAUGAGCACGUUGGCCUGAUGGUUAGCCUCCAGAAAAGAGGACUACUGUCCAAAGGCGACUACUUCGUAGUGGGCAUCGACAUCGAGCAGUAUGAUCCGGCCAAACCCGAGAAGUAUCUGCGUGGUCUGCUUCUGGAGGAUGUGGAUCCCUUGGCCGUGCAGGCCUUUCAGUCCUAUCUGGCCAUUGUGCCCACUGCCUCCGUCUCCUUUGCCACAUUCGCCAACGAGGUCAACAAAUAUAUGGAGCGACCGCCAUUCAAUUUCCCCAAUCCAGUGGGUCGCUUCGGUGGAGCAAAGCAGAUAAGCGCCGAGGCUGCCUAUCUCUAUGAUGCCGUGCAUCUGUAUGCCAAGGCUUUGAUGGAAGUCCAGGAUGCGGGUGGGCGGCCCAGGAACGGCAGCGCCAUUGUGGCGGCCAUCAAGGGCUCGCGAUAUCGCAGCGCCAUGGGCUAUCACGUCUACAUCGAUGAGAACGGCGAUGCGGCGGGUAAUUAUACAGUAUUAGCCAGGGGAACCGUGCGGAAUGGUCGAAAUCAGACUGUCCUGGGACUGAGACCCGUGGGCACCUUCAUACACCGGAACAGCAGCUUUAGCAGCAUCAGCAAGGCAUUGCCCCACCAGGACCUCAAACUAUUCAGCCCCAUUGACUGGGUGGGUGGUUCGCGACCAGCAGCUGCUCCUCGUUGCGGAUUUGGUGGCGAGAAGUGCGUCAAUUACACUGGCGAAAUAUCGGCGGCCAUUGCCGGCGGUGUUCUGCUCCUUCUGAGCCUGGUCUCGCUGGUCCUCUAUCGCAACUGGCGCUACGAGCAGGAACUGGACAGUCUGCUCUGGAAGAUAGACUUUCGCGAGGUGCAAAUCCACGAGAACGAGCGGGAGCAGCAAAGUCAGAAGCAGACGCGUCACUUGCUAAAUCACUUGCCGCGUCGUCUUCCUCCGCAGUCCACCCAUCCGCUGAUCCGCACCAGCCAGGUGAGCCUGAGCUCCAAUCCCGACGCGGACUUCCGCUACACGACCAUCUUCACGCCGAUUGGACUGUACAAGGGUCAGCUGUAUGCCAUCAAGAAGGUGCGCAAGAAGAGUGUCGACAUAACGCGGGAGAUGAAGAAGGAGCUAAAGCUGCUGCGAGAUGCCCGGCACGACAACAUAUGCGCCUUUAUCGGCGCCUGCACGGAUCCGCCCAACAUCUGCAUCAUCAGCGAGUACUGCACCCGGGGCAGCCUAAAGGACAUUCUGGAGAACGAGGACGUCAAGCUGGACAACAUGUUCAUUGCCUCCAUGGUGGCGGACAUUAUACGCGGCGUCAUCUAUUUGCACGACUCGCCCAUUCGCUUCCACGGCGCACUGUGCACUUCCAACUGCCUGGUGGACUCCCGCUGGGUGGUCAAGCUGACGGACUUUGGCCUGUUCGCCUUCAAGCAGGGCAUCGAAGACAGCUCCACGGACAUGCAGCACAUGUCGGCCAAGUGUCUGAAACUGCUCUACAGAGCGCCGGAGUUGCUGCGGCAGGGUCCUUCGUCGCUGGUCAUGGGCACCCAGCGUGGAGAUGCCUACUCCUUUGGCCUCCUGCUCUACGAGAUGCAUGUGCGACGCGGACCCUUCGGUGAGACCGGUCUGACACCCAUGCAGUGCCUGCAGAAGGUUCUCCAGCCGCAGGACCAACUGAACCCGUACCGACCCUCGCUGCAGCCCCUGGAAACCGCUUUUGAUUGCGUCAGCGAGUGCCUAAGGGAAUGCUGGGCGGAGAGGCCGGAGGAUCGUCCCGACUUCAAAACCAUUCGCACCAAACUGAGACCGCUGCGCAAGGGAAUGCGACCCAACAUUUUCGACAACAUGAUGGCCAUGAUGGAGAAGUAUGCCAACAACCUGGAGGCCCUCGUGGACGAUCGCACGGAUCAGCUGCAGGAGGAGAAGAAAAAGACGGACGCCCUGCUGCACGAGAUGCUGCCGCGUUGCGUGGCCGACCAGCUGAAGAAGGGCCACAAGGUGGACCCCGAGCACUACGAACAGGUGAGCAUCUACUUCAGCGACAUCGUCGGGUUCACGGCCAUGUCCGCCGAGUGCACGCCGCUGCAGGUGGUGGACUUCCUCAACGAUCUGUACACCUGCUUCGACUCGAUCAUCGGGCACUACGAUGUCUACAAGGUGGAGACCAUCGGAGAUGCCUAUAUGGUGGUAUCGGGACUUCCUUUGCGCAAUGGCGAUCUUCAUGCAGCCGAAAUAGCCACCAUGUCGCUGCAUCUGCUUAGCGCCGUUUCGGAGUUCAAGAUACGCCAUCGACCCACCAACCGGCUGCUCCUGCGGAUUGGCAUCCACUCGGGACCCGUUUGUGCCGGCGUCGUGGGUCUAAAGAUGCCCCGCUACUGUCUCUUCGGCGACACCGUGAACACGGCCUCGCGCAUGGAAUCCAGUGGCGUUCCCCUGAAGAUCCACUGCAGCUGGCAGUGCCGUCAGCUGCUGGACCGACUGGGUGGCUAUCACUUCCAGGAGCGAGGAGUCAUUGCGAUGAAGGGCAAGGGCGACCAGCGCACCUACUGGCUGCUGGGGGAGGAUGAGGAGGCCCGCACCCGGCGCACCUAUGAGAGAUCCCAGCGACGAGGAUCGCGGGCCCUCAACAAGUUCAUCCAGGGUACCAUCAAACAGGCCCAGGAGCAGGCCACUGAGUAUGGCAUACGCUCCUCGCUCAAGCAAAAGAAUCUGCCACGCAACUCGCUGACCCGCUCCUCCAGUCUGGAAUCGCCCAAGAAGCUGCGCUUUGCCGCCGGCAGUCUCCUCGAGCAUCAUCGUUACCACAGUGACGAGGCCCUGCUCGAGGUGGACUCCUACACGGGAUUGAGGCGAUCUUCGGGAGGAUCCACGCAAUCACGCUAUGAGGAGACCACCCUUUCGCUGACCCUCUCCUGCCAAAGUAUCGAGGUCCUCAAUGGUCAGCAUGGCAAGAGACGACCCUCCUCCUAUCCCACUGCCAAUACGCCGCUGCUGAUGAACCAUGUGGAGGUUUAGAGGCGCAGACCUAGUACUAGUACUUACUUAAAACCCAACUACAGGGAGCUUAGUGGAAUAUUUGUGUUCAGUGUGUCUAGCCAAGUGUAUUUGUGUAUGGCUUUUAGUGCCCAAUUGUGGUAACUGUAGCAUCAGCAUAUUGUGAGAGUGAUUAUAAAUCUAGUCGUUGUUUAAACACAUUCAUGCUCUAAUCUAAAGCAAAUUAAAAUAGUCAAUAGCCCUAACUAAACGAUAUGAAUAAAGAGUAAU